CUGCCACUCCUCGCUGGUAUGACUUGCAUUGAAUAAAUCCUUGCUUUCUAAUAUUUUCAAGCUUUUCUGACAAUCUAAGAAAGCGUGGUCUUUCUUCUUUGCUAUUAUCCGUUUCUCCUUACAUGUAUGCUUCGUUUGGAAUUUUUUCUGCUAUUUCCUUCUCUGUUGUUGGUGCUGCUUGGGGCAUCAUGAUAACCGGUUCCAGUAUAAUUGGAGGAAGCGUUGCAGCUCCACAUAUUCGUACGAGGAAUCUUAUAAGCGUAGUUUUUUGUGAAGCUGUGGCCAUUUAUGGCCUUAUUAUGGCCAUCGUUUUUUCAAACGGCCUAAAAAGGUUUGAGUUGUCUCCACUAAAAAGUUUACAGGAGAACAGCAUUAUCUAUGAAAAAAAUGUUUUUGCAGGCAUGGCCUACUUUGGAGGCGGUUUGACGUGCGGGUUAUGCAAUUUGGCUUGCGGAAUUUGCGUCGGUUUGGUCGGCGCUGGAUGUGCUUUAGCGGAUGCGCAGAACAAGAAUUUAUUUGUACGCAUUUUGAUCAUUGAGAUUUUUGCUUCUGUUAUUGGUCUGUUUGGGCUUAUAGUUUCUAUUAUUUUGACAAACAACGCAAAGUUUGGAGAUUAAAAUAAUUAUAUUAGUUUUUUUUACUU